AUGGAGUUCUUAGUAUCCAAAGCAGGUUAUAUUAGAUAUUUGAAAAGAUCUUUAUUGCUAGUUUUAGUGUGUGUAAUAGUUCUUGUGUGCACUGAUCAGGACUACUAUAGUUUACUUGGAGUAUCUAAAGAAGCAAGUAGUAGAGAAAUACGACAAGCAUUCAAAAAACUGGCAUUGAAGUUGCACCCUGAUAAAAAUCAGAAUGAUCCAAAUGCACAUGAAAAUUUUUUGAAAAUAAAUAGAGCCUAUGAAGUACUUAAAGACGAAGAUCUACGGAAGAAGUAUGAUAAAUACGGAGAGAAAGGUCUUGCAGAUCAGCAACAAGGAGGUCGUUAUGAAAGCUGGCACUUUUAUCGCUAUGAUUUUGGUAUUUAUGACGAUGAUCCUGAAAUUAUAACAUUGGAUAGAGGAGAAUUUGAUGCUGCUGUCAACUCAGGAGAACUGUGGUUUGUGAAUUUUUAUUCUCCUCGAUGCUCCCACUGCCAUGACUUAGCACCUACG